GUAUUAUUUUAAACAUUUCCGACAAGUUUGAGUUGGGAUUUACAGCAAAGCGAAGCGUUCACGCUUUGAGUUCUGUGAUCACUGACAGACACAAACUUUGUUAGGACUGUGUUUUCGAGCAAUGCUGAUGCCAAGGCUGUUCUCUCUGCAGUACAGCCCCGACAGCGUGGCCGGAGCAGACGGAGAGAUCGACCCCAGCGAGGUGACCUUCCCGGGCUGCUCCUGCCGCAGCAGCUCCUGCGCGGCUCCCGAGUGUCCCUGCGUGUGCCGCGGCCACAGCUCCAGCGGUGUGUGCCUCGGGCUGCCAGAGCAGCAGGAGCAGCCCUUCUCCAGCCCCGUGUUCGAGUGUAACAGCCUGUGCCUCUGCGGGGAGGGCUGCCAGAACAGGCUGGUGCAGCGGGGGCUGCAGCUGCGCCUGCAGGUGUUCCGCACGCACCGCAAGGGCUGGGGAGUGCGGGCGCUGGAGCCCAUCCCCAGGGGCAGCUUUGUCUGUGAGUAUGCUGGGGAAGUGCUGGGCUUUGCUGAGGCUCAGAGGAGAAUCCAGGCUCAGAGUCCACAGGAGCCAAACUACAUCAUAGCAGUGAGGGAGCACCUGUACGAUGGGAGGGUCAUGGAGACCUUCGUGGAUCCCACCCGCAUCGGGAAUGUGGGCAGGUUCCUGAACCACUCCUGUGAGCCCAAUCUGUUCAUGGUGCCCGUGAGGGUUGACUCCAUGGUGCCCAAACUCGCACUUUUUGCAGCCACUGAUAUUUCUGCUGGAGAGGAACUUUCCUAUGAUUACUCUGGAAGAUUCCAUAAUGGACCAGGAGCUAGCAGAGAACACAAACCUCUGGAGGAAGAGAACAGCCUGAGAAAACCUUGCUACUGUGGUUCCCGCACCUGUGCCUCCUUUUUACCUUGGGACAGCUCCCUCUUCUCCACCCCAGCAAGUUCUACAUAGCCUUAAACACACCUAAAAAUACUAUUUUCUCUAGGAGUUAAAUAAAACUCUUUGUGUUCCAACAAGGAAGCUCAUAUGCGUUUGAGGAGCAGGAGAGAGACAUGGUUUUGAGAAUUAAUUUUGUCCAAAACCCUUUUCAAGGGCUUCUCAAGGUGGAUAGUACAAGGGAUUACUGAAGCUUUGAGAUGUUCCAAACUCAGUGACUAAGCCAGGCCUCGUAUUUUUGUCUGCUUUUCCUCGGAUAGUUUGAUGUAUAUUAAAGCAGCUCUUUCAGU